AUGGCUUCACCCAAAACCUUUUGGAGAGUUCUUUGCAUGCUUAGAGUUGGCUGGUGUCUUCUUCCUCAGACUGGCUACCUGCACCCAGAUGAGUUUUUCCAGUCUCCAGAGGUCAUGGCAGGUAAAGGUGACAUCUUAUGUAUGUGGUAUGAAAAGGUUUUGUCUUUGGGAGCGGGGGGGGGGGGGUCGGUGACGAGUUAAAUUCUAGGGCCGCCCCCACAUGGCAGGUGAGCCGCUUUCCAUUUCCUCCAUUGUUCCAAACUGGCCACAUAUAGGCAGCCUGGUUUAUAAAGAGCAACAAGAGCAACGCUGAGUCUGCUAAAUUAUUGAUCUUCUGCAGUUGGUUCUGCUUUUAAUUAGAUUCUUUCUUUGUUUUUAUUUUAGUGAGUCAAAGACUUCAAUUAUUUUUAACUUUUCUAAUCUUAUGUUGCAAGUCACUGGGGUGGGCGGCAGGUUUCUAGCUGACAGGGCUCCAGCUGCUAACUGUGUUAACCUUUCCCCCACUCCUCCUCAGGCAGCAUAUUGGACUUAAAGGUUUACCACCCCUGGGAAUUCCUCCCCAAGUCUCCUUGCAGGACAGUAGUGUUUCCCUUGAUCACAUCUGGAGUUGCUUUCUGGGCCAUCAAAGCCCUUCAGCACCUGGGCCUCUCGACCAGCUGCAUCACCAGCUACACCCUCCUCGUCUCACCCCGCCUCCUCCUCACCAUCUUUUCAUUCAUCCUUGACUACAGUGUUUACCAGCUGGCUCCUCUGUGGGGAGCGGAUCCGUGGAACUCACUGGCUCUGCUUGCUGGCUCCUACGUCACACUUGUGUUUUACACGAGGACUUUUGCUAACACUGUGGAAGGACUUCUCUUUGCCUUGCUGCUUCUACUAGUGUCUUCAAAAGCAGCCAGCAAAACCUCGGCCUCAGCCUAUCGGUGGCAGAAUCCUCUAAAUCACAGACUUAUUGGGAUGAUCAUAGUUGCUGGAUUUUUUAACAGGCCAACGUUUCUGGCAUUUGCUUUGGUGCCGCUGUUGCAUUGGGUAUGUGCAGGUGCUACAUGCCAGCAAAGCGUUAGAAGAACAAUACACCAUGUUCUCUGUCUUGCCCCAAGUGCCGCCUUCACUGCUGUUUUCUUCAUAGCUGCUGACACCUGGUAUUUCACUUCUCCCCUGUCAGGAAUUAGCCUGCAUAGCUUUUAUGAGGCCAGCCCACUGAGCAUCCUUGCCAGGCUGCGCCAGAGUGUCGUUGUGACCCCCUUGAACUUCCUCACCUAUAACCUCAACCCUGAUAACCUUGCACAACAUGGGACUCACCCGCAUCUUACACAUUUUGCAGUUAACGGGGUCCUGCUUUUUGGGAUCCUUCAUGUAGAAGCUGUUAGCAAUGGCAUCAAACUCCUGAAAGUGCACAUCAGCCAAUUUAUGUGGUUGAAGGCCUUGAAGAGGAGCUCACAUUCAGCUAUCACAUGCCCAGAGGGCAGACUGGCACUGCUGGCUUUCUAUUUUAUCCCUCUGGCACUUCUUUCUUUAUUCAGCCAUCAAGAACCUCGCUUCCUCAUCCCUCUCAUCUUGCCUCUGGUCCUUUUGGUCACGCAGCAUAGACAGGCCCAGCAGUGGAAAUCCAUCAACCUUGUGUUCAAUCUCUGUGGUGCCCUUUUCUUUGGCUGCUUCCACCAGGGAGGCAUAGUCCCUUGCCUCUUCCACUUGGAGCAGCUCACCCAUUCCCCAGAGUCCCUGAGCCAUCGCACACACUACACACUACUCUUUGCUCGGACCUACAUGCCUCCCAGGUUUCUGCUUAAUGUUAACAAGAGCAACACGCUGGUGGAGCUUGUCGACAUGGCUGGGGCCGAGAAAGGCUUCCUUUGCCAGAUCCUGGGAUCCAUAGUGAAUGGUCCUGCCUGUGUCAAUAGAGAACUGGGCAAGGAAAUGACUUGCCAGGUGCUGGUUAUCAUCCCAGGCACCGUCAGAACCAUAAUAGAGCAAUGUCCGUUACUGGUCAAGAAGGAGACAGUAAUAUUUCCACAUCUGACGAUGGAAGACCCACCACAAAUGUCCUUUCUCCUUAGUGAAAAGUGGAGAAGCCAGUUAGGACUGCAUAUCCUGUAUCUGGAGAGAAAUAAAAAGAGCAUCUAG